AUGCCCGUGAGAUCAGAGUGCGGUCUUGAAAACCGGCCUCAUCGAAGGCGCCCGCAGCCGAAAGCGGCAGAGCAGGAGCGUGCCCGCCCGGGUGUGGAUGUGCGUGCCUGGAAGACGGCGCUCAGUACCAUGGCAGAGGCUUCGGGGAGUCCUCCGCCCGAACCCAUAGUGAGGAGGAAAAAAAGCAUAUCUAUUGAGGAAAAAGUUGACAUCAUAAGUGCUGUGGAGAGUGGCAAGAAAAAGGCAGACGUCGCAGCCAAGUAUGGCAUAAAGAAGAAUUCCUUGUCUUCAAUUAUGAAGAAUAAAGAAAAAGUUUUGGAAGCCUUUGAAUCUUUACGAUUUGAUCCUAAAAGAAAAAGACUAAGGACUGCUUUUUAUACCGACCUGGAGGAGGCAUUGAUGAAGUGGUACAGAAUUGCUCAGUGCUUGAAUGUGCCGGUAAACGGUCCUAUGUUGCGCCUCAAGGCUAAUGAUUUUGCCCAGAAGCUUGGACAUAGUGAUUUUAAAUGCAGUAAUGGCUGGCUCGAUCGUUUCAAGUCAAGGUAUGGUUUAGUUUUCAGAGCUCAGCCUGUAGAAGCAGCUGCUGCUACUGCAGUGGAUGCUCCAACUGUUUGGUACCAAAAUGUUCUUCCUUAUUAUUUAAAAUAUUAUCAGCCAAAAAACAUGUUUUAUAUACAGGAGACCGGAUUGUUGUAUCAGAUGUUACCACAUAACACAUUUGCAUUUAAAGGGGAAACUUGUUCUGUAGGUAAACUAAGCAAAGAGAGAAUAACCGUAGUGGUGGGUACAAAUAUGGAUGGCUCCGAGAAACUUCCUUUGCUUGUUAUAGGAAAAAACAAAAGUCCACCCUCUUUCAAAGAUGUGAAGUCGCUACCUGUGGAUUAUGAAGCAAAUGAUAUGGCAUGGAUGACUUCGGAAGUGUUUGAACAGUGGAUGCAUAAACUUGAUGACAGAUUUCAAGCACAGCAGCGACGAGUAGUUAUUCUUGUUGAUUCUCUCCCAGCUCACACAGAAGUAAAGAACCUGAAGUCUGUCAAAUUAGUGUUCUCUCCUCCAGACUCUUCUUCAUGUAUCGCUACAAAACAAGGGGUUAUCAGAAGUCUGAAGGUUAAAUAUAGGCACUGUCUUAUCAAGAGAUUUGUUGACUGCGUAGAAGGUAAUAAAGAGUUCAUGCUGACUCUUCUUGAUGCAAUUGAAAUGUUGUACCUGUGCUGGAGGGAAGUAACAGCAGAAACUAUUGUAAAAAGUUAUAAUGAAGCAGGAUUCAAAUUAGAAACCAAGGUAAAUGGUAACGACACAGCGGUUGAAAGUGAUUUUGAUUUGAUUGCACAUGCACAGGCAGCUGGAGUGGAGUUUCCAGAAGGUUUAUCUUUGGAGGAAUAUGCAGCUCUAGAUGAUGGCUUGGUAACUUACGAAAUGCCCACAAAUAACGAAAGGAUGUGUGCCAAAGAAAGCGCCUCAGAUAAGGCUGGGACAUUUGUUGGUGAUGAGGAUGAAGGUGAUCGAUUUCAGGGAGCUGAACAACCUUUACCAUCAAAAAAUGAGGCUUUGAGUGCUUUAGAUACCCUUCGAAAGUUUCUCAGAAGUCAAGACACGAAUGAUUCUCUUCACGAUUCCCUAGCUGACCUGGAGAAUUUUAUUCAACAUGUAGCAUGUAAAUAA